UAUAGUUCUCCCACACUCUAUUCUCAAACAUUAUGAGCAGCCAUUUUGUUUAAAUAUUUAAAUAAUAGUUCUUAGCAACAUUAAUAUCAUCAUAUAAUUCCAAUACAUUAUUUUAUUUAUUUUGUUUACUGCAAAUUUGAUAAAGUAUGCCAGCUAAAAUAAAAAAUAAUGUUUUAAUAUAUGAAGGUUGUAAUUAUUUACGAUAUCGUUUAUUAUUAUCAACAUUAUCAGGUAAACCUGUACGAAUUAUAAAUAUUCGAAUUAAAGAUGACAAUCCAGGACUUAAAGAGUAUGAAGUCAAUUUUAUUCGUUUAUUGGAUAAAAUUACAAACGGAUCAAGAAUAGAAUUAAAUGAAACAGGAACUAAUUUGUACUAUAAUCCUGGAUUAUUGUAUGGUGGUGAAUUUGAGCAUGAUUGUAAUAUACAACGAGGUAUUGGUUAUUAUUUAGAAGGAAUUAUGAUAUUAGCUCCAUUUUGUAAAAAUACUGUAAAUGUAAAACUUAAAGGAAUUACAAAUAAUACAAUAGAUCCAUCUGUAGAUAGAAUUAAAGCAUCUGCUAUACCUAUAUUAAAAAAAUUUAUAUCAAGUGAUAAUGAAAUUAUCUUUACUAUUAAUAAAAGAGGAGCUGCACCUUUAGGUGGUGGAGAAAUUAAAUUUAAAUGUCCUAUUAGUCGUAAUCUUAAAAGUAUUCAACUUCAAAAUAGUGGAAUGGUAAAAAGAAUAAGAGGUACUGCAUGUAGUAUACGUGUGUCUCCUGCUAUUGGUAAUAGAAUUGUCGAGUCUGUUAAAUGUGUAUUAUUAAAAUUUUUACCAGAUGUCUAUAUUUAUACAGAUCAUUGUAAAGGUGCUUCAAGUGGAAAAUCACCAGGUUUUGGAGUGAGUUUAUCAGCUGAAACAACUUCUGAAGUUGUUUUUGGCGGAGAAGCAUUUUCACCUCUAAUGUCAACAGGUUCUUUGCCAUGUGUACCAGAAGAUAUUGGUAAAGAAGCAGCUAUGAAAUUAAUUGAUGAAAUUUAUAGAAAUGGUUGUGUAGAUUCACCUUUUCAAGCUAUGACUGCAAUGUUUAUGGCAUUGGGUAAGAAAGAUGUUUCUAAAAUUGUAACAGGUCCUUUAACACCAUCAAUGAUACAAUUUUUAAGGGAUUUAAAAGACUUUUUUGGAGUCAUCUUUAAAAUUGAACCAUUUAAAGAAGAUGAUGAAAUAUUAGAACAAGUUGUUUUAACUUGCAUAGGUGUAGGAUAUACUAAUAUAAGUAAACGUACUUUGUAAAAUAUUGUACUUAUUUUUUUGUUAUAUAUCAAUUUUAUAAUUGAAAUUUAUAAAUCAUAUAAAUAUAUAUAUAUAUAUUUGUGUAUAAAUUUUAUAUAAUAUUUUUAU